CAAAAACAUUAAAGCUCAUAAAUUUAGCUGUUAAUCUAUAAUCUAUUUUACUAACAUCGAAUUGUUUUGCUCAAAAAAAAUAAAUAAAUUUGUUCUAUUAACCUACAGAAUUGAUAUAAUUUCCGCCUGCUUAUGGUUUGGAUCCGGUUUAUAAUUAGACCAAACCGGACUAAUGUGCUUUUCAAAGCCCUAGCUAACCAAAACGUUGAAAACCUUAAACCCUGAAGAAGAACUCAUCGUUGCUUCACAGAAUCAAAGAAGAACACUAAACCGGUGCUAAUGGCUUUCACUUGGUGCGUACGGAGAUCAGCAUCUAGGUUGGCUUCCCUGUGUAGUACCCGGAUGGUUCGACUCCGAUCCAUCUCCGCCGUUGCUAGCCGUCCGUCUCUAGCUCCCACCCCAUCUCCGUUUCGUCCUUUCGCCCUUUACUCGACGGCUAUUGAUCGGAUGAGCUCCGAGCAAUCGCUUCUCCGCGUGAUUGACUCCGAGAUCAACACCGCUCUCCAAAUCGAUGAUCCCGAUUUGGACGAAGAGACGGCUCCGGGAAGCUUCCCUUUCAAAAUUGAAGACAAUCCUGGGCAUCAGACUGUAACAUUGACUAGAGAGUACAAAGGGGAGCAUAUUAAAGUUGUAGUGAGCAUGCCUAGUUUUGACAGUGAUGAGAACGAUGACGAGGACGAUGAGGAUGGUCACAGCAACGGAUCAAGUAUUCCACUAGUUGUGACUGUUACCAAGAAGAGCGGGCUCAGCCUAGAGUUUAGCUGUAUGGCUUUUCCGGAUGAGAUUGCCAUUGAUGCUUUAUCUGUGUGCAAUCAGGGGAGUACUUUGGAGGAUAAAUUGGCUAAUGAAGGGCCUGAUUUCGAAUGCUUGGACGAGAAUCUGAAGAAGACAUUCUACAAGUAUCUGGAGAUCAGAGGAGUGAAAGCAAGCACUACAAACUUCUUGCAUCAGUACAUGAUGAGAAAAGUGAAGAGAGAGUACUUGCUGUGGCUGAAGAAUGUUAAGAAGUUUAUGGAAGAGUCAUAAGUAAGAUCGGAAUGUUUGAAUGAGUUUAUGUUGCAUUCAUGUGUUUCCCACUUGCAGAAUCUUUGAGAAUUUAUGGUAAUGACUUUUAAGUUCAUAAAAAAAAGAUCUGACUCACAAUGCAAAUUCAACGAGAUAAAGAUAAAUUGAUAAAUAAGAAAGGUGUAGCUUACAAGUGUUCUUCAAUCUUACUUAUGAGCAAAGACCAAAGUGGUAAAAACAGAACAAAGGAACUUAUUUUUGGUGCAAUCCC